AUGUCCACGACAUCAUCAAAGACCAAGGUAGCCCUUAGAGGAGGCGCCAUCCUCAACAACCCCAGGUUCAACAAGGGCACUGCGUUCUCGCGGCAAGAGAGGGCCGAGUUUGGCUUGCGCGGCAGGCUUCCCUAUGCGGCCGACACUCUUGAUGAGCAGGUCACCAGAGCAUAUGAACAGUACCAGUCCAGGGAAAGUGAUUUGCUCAAGAACUCUUUCCUCCAGUCAAUGAAGGCUCAAAACUGGACACUGUUCUACGCCUUGCUCAACAGACAUCUGGAAGAGAUGUUCCCCAUCGUCUACACCCCAACAGAGGCAGACGCCAUUGCCGAUUACUCGCAUCUCUUCCGAAGGAGCGAGGGUCUCUACCUGAGCCCUCCUGAAGAAGGCAACAUGGAGGAAGACUUCCUGGAUGCUUGCGAGAAGAGAGAGCUUCAGCUUAUUGUAGUUUCAGACGCCGAGGCCAUUCUUGGCAUUGGGGAUCAAGGGUCUGGCGGUAUUGGUAUCUCUACUGCCAAAGCCGUCAUCUACAGUCUUGUGGCUGGAGUCGAUCCGGCCAAAUGUCUCGCUGUGACGCUAGAUGUGGGAACCAACAACAAAGAUCUGCUCGAUGACGACCUGUACAUUGGCUAUAGAGAGAAACGAUUGCGAGGCGAACCAUACGACAAGUUUGUCGAAAAGUUUGUGGGUUUGGUGAAGAAGCAUCAACCCGCGUGUCUCUUGCAUUUCGAAGACUUUGGUGUUACCAACGCCGAAAGACUGCUAGCAAAAUACAGAGAACAACACUCUAUCUUCAACGACGAUAUCCAAGGUACAGGAGCCGUGACUCUUGCGGCAGUCCAAGCCGGAGUCGCUGUGACCAAGAGCAAGCUCCAAGACCAACGUAUCAUCAUCUACGGCGCCGGCUCAGCCGGCCUCGGUAUCGCCCGUCAACUCCGCGAUGCCAUCCUCCUCGACUCCGACUCCUCCUCCUCCGAUCCCAGAUCCUCCUCCUCCUCCGACGCCAAAUCCAAAGCUGCCAAGCAGUUCUACCUCGUGGACAAAGCCGGACUCGUCAAAAAGUCUUUGGGUAGAGACAAGAUCAGGCAAGAGAUUGAGGAUGAUUUUAUCAGGGAUGAAGAGGAUUGGGGAGGGGAGGAGACGGGGUUGUUGGAGGUGGUGAAGACGGUGAAGCCUACUAUCUUGAUUGGGACUAGUACCCAUGCUGGAUCGUUCAAUGAGGAAGUGGUGAAAGAAAUGGCCAAACAUGUGGACCGUCCUAUCAUCUUCCCCUUGAGCAACCCUACCAGGCUCUGCGAAGCUCAACCCAAGGAUAUCAAUAACUGGACAGACGGCAAAGCUCUCAUGGCUACCGGCUCGCCCUUCCCACCCGUCGACAUCCCAGGUUCGGACAAAAAGUAUAUUGUCGCCGAGUGCAACAACGCCCUGAUCUACCCCGGCCUCGGCCUCGGCACAAUCCUCUCCAAAUCCUCCACCAUGACGGACAAGAUGAUCGUCGCCGGUGCCCAACGUCUCGCCCAUCUCGCCCCAGCUCUAAAAGAAAAGAACCCCGACUUGGCUCUCUUACCAGCAUUCGGUGAUGCCCAGGCUGUCAAUUUUGAAGUGGCCCUGGCGGUGAUUGAGCAGGCCGUCGAAGAAGGCGUCAGCAGGGAAGAGGGCCUGCCGAAGGGGAAGGAAGAGGUCAGGAAGUGGGCGCUUGAGAAGAGGUGGGAGCCAGAGUAUGUAGAGUUUGAGUAUGAUCCUGAGGGGCUGAAGUAG